CUAUAUAACGCUCAUCACUUUUAUAUCUGGCCUUUUAAUGUGUAAUUAUGAUGUUUGUAGUCGCUAUUAUUUGGGCGCAGAUUGCGUUUGUGUUAGGUGUUCCACGAUGGAACCCGUUAACCGUUGAUCAAGUGUUUGACGUGAACUCUAGAACGCCAUUAGAUUUGGAAGCAAAUGGCAAACAGUUCGACAAAAUGCAUACAAUGGAUCGAAAUACGCUCGCGAGGAGUUUAUACCUAUGGCGUGCAAUAAACCACAGGGUAUGCAAGCGUCCACCACUUGAGCAUCCGUGGACAUACCCCGAUGUACAGUAUGCAUUGCACCAAAGAUUUGCAUUCUAUGGGAUGGACUAUGCCACUUAUGCGGUACGGGGUGAUGGAAAAUGCCUAUUCAACACCCUGGCAGCUGGUUUCAGGUUAUCCGGAAUGACAGCUGACCGUUUGAGACACUUCAUGAAUGAAAAUUACGACAAGCACCUGGUGGAGCUGGUUAAAGAAUAUCGACCUCAAGAUGACUACUACACUCCAGAAGACCUCAUGAAGUUUUCACUGGCUGGUUUGGUUGGUAUAGACCCUGACAGUCCAGCAUCAGUACAACACUUCGACCCGGCGCUGUUCCACGACAAGUUAACGAUGAUGGAAGAGUUCAAGAGACAAAAUGACGCGUCUCAGGAUGACGAAAAUCUACUGGAGGUAUUGAACGGCGUUGACAUUUUAGGUAAGAGAAAGGACCUAACUGGUGACAACGCCAUGGAAAUUGCUUCCCAAAUACACCGGGAGAUAAAGGCGAGGCAUGACAAGGUCUUUGGAAGCAACAUCGACAUUAUCCUCUUCCAGGAUCUAUUCCAAUUCAAGCUAAUUUUCCUUAACGAGGUAACUGCCGUCGUUAGUAGCUUAUUUUCCCACCCGGGCCAAGUUAUCCAUUUCGCACUAUUGACUAAUUACGAAGGCAUGCGCCACUUCAACCUUGCGGGACUAGUAGACGUAUGUACAGAGGAUAAACCAGAGGUUGCACGACCCGUGUCGUUAAUAAUGGCACAGGACAUACCUGUAGCCCUAGCAAUAAUGCUGGGCGACAACGAUAAGCCCAUUUAGUAAACCACUAGUGUGUGUAUGGCGCGCUUAGGUGCUAGCUUAAUGUCUAGCUCCUUUAAAGGCCGUUAUACAAUAAUGAUAGACGCUAUCUAAU